UCAUGAUGGUGCAAUGGACACCACAAAUGAUACAAUAUCUUUUCAUGGUGAUUGCAAAAAAACACACCUCCGAUCUUUUUCACACAGGACAUAACUUGAGCGCGAGUAAAAUCACAAAGGAAAUAGAUGUGGCUUUUCAGAAGAAAAGGGCCUUCUGGAUUUUCUUCAUCCUCCACUGCGGAGGAAGUUACCAAUGGGAUUGACGGCUCUGGUCUCACCGCCAUUGUUACAGGGGCAUCAAGUGGGAUUGGUUCCGAGACUGCUCGUGUUCUUGCUUUACGCGGUGUACAUGUCGUGAUGGGUAUUAGGAAUAUGGAUGCAGGCAAAAAAGUUAAAGAAAACAUAAUUAAGGAAAUUCCUAAAGCUAAAGUUGAUGCAAUGGAGUUAGAUCUGAGCUCAUUGGCAUCUGUUAGAAAAUUUGCAUCCGAGUUUGCUUCCUCAGGUCGUCCAUUGAACCUUUUGAUCCUCUUUGGUGUUAGUAAUAAUGCAGGUGUAAUGGCACCCCCUUUCAACCUGUCUAAAGACAACAUAGAGUUACAGUUUGCCACAAACCACUUGGGACAUUUUCUUUUAGCAAAUUUAUUGUUGGACACGAUGAAAAAAACAGCUCACAAGACAAAAAAGGAGGGGAGGAUCGUGAAUGUUUCCUCUGAAGCUCAUCGAGUUUCAUAUGAAGAAGGAAUUCGUUUCGACAAACUCAAUAAUCCAGAAGGAUACAGAAAAUGGGGUGCAUAUGGCCAAUCAAAACUUGCUAAUAUACUGCAUGCAAACGAGCUAGCAGCACGUUUGAAGAAAGAUGGAACAAACAUUACUGUAAAUUCACUUCAUCCUGGAGUAAUCACAACCAAUCUUUUCCGCCAUCUUGGAGCUUUUGAAGGUCUUGUGAACACAUUUGGUCAACUGCUGUUUAAAAAUGUUGAACAGGGAGCUUCAACCACAUGUUAUGUGUCAUUGCAUCCACAAGUGAAAGGGAUUAGUGGUGAAUACUUUUCAGACAACAACUUGGCUAAAGCAAGUGCACAAGCUGCAGACACAGAUUUGGCUAAGAGACUAUGGGACUUUAGUCUGGACUUGAUGAAAAGAUAAUGUUCCUUUUAACAACCUAAAUAUUUACAGUUCAAGAAAUUAAAAGUUGUUAUAAAACUAGAGAGAAAGAGAGAGAAUAGAGAAAAUGUAUUCUCUUAGGUACGAUUUUCAUUAUAACUGAAGGUCCUAUUUAUAGGAAACUUCUGAUGGCACAACUCGUAAUAAUACAAAUACAUCGAGGGCAAAAUAGUCAUUCACAUACAUUAUUUUAUUAUUUCAUAA